UCUAGUCAAUUCCAGAUAAAAUGGGUCGUAGUAGACUAGACCAGAAUACUAAUUACAGGACUAGGAGGAGUUCAGCAGAUUCUAAUAGAUCUGUAUCAAACUCUGAUUCUGACGGGAGCAGAUCUGGAAGUCCAUCACCCCAGCCUAGCUCUCCAGUUGCAGACCAAUCAAGAUCUGGAUCUCACUCAAACAAUUUCAGAUCUGGAUCUCCAGAUAAGUCUAGAUCGGGAUCACCAGUGGAUAGAUCAAGAUCAGGAUCUCCAGCUGCUAAAUCCAGAUCAGGAACACCUGUAGACAGAUCUAGAUCAGGAAGUCCAGUGGCUAAAUCAAGAUCAGGAUCUCCAGUCGAUAGAUCAAGAUCAGGAUCUCCUCUUGCAAAAUCAAGAUCAGGAUCUCCUGCUGCUAAAUCUAGAUCAGGAACACCUGUGGAUCGAUCAAGAUCUGGCACUCCUGCUGAAAGAUCAAGAUCAGGUACCCCUGCAAAAUCUGCAAGUCCUGCUAAAUCUGGAUCUGGUAGUCCACCAAGAUCACCUUCUGGAAGUGCAAAGGAGAGCCAUCGAUCCCAAAGCCAAGAACCUGCGGCAAGAGCAAAAUCUAAAUCUGUAAGUCUUCAAGGUAGUCCUGUAAGGUCAGGGUCAAGAAGUCCUGCCAAGUCUAAGUCAAGAAGUCCUUCAAAGUCCCGAUCAAACAGCCCUGCCAAGUCUGGAUCAAGAAGUCCUGUCAAAUCCAAUAGUCCUGCUAAUGAGAAGGAUGAUGACUCGAGUUCAGAUAUUGAAAGGCCUAAGAAGCGCCAAUUAUCUGGCGGGAGCUCAAGUGGAUCAGAUAUUGCACGGGCAAGGAAGAAAUAUGGAGACAAGAGUAAAGAUGAAUCAGAAGGAGAGAAGGUCGAUGCUGCAGAUGUUUUUGGAGAUGAUCUUUCCAUUUCCUCGGAAGAUGAGGAUGACAAGGUGUCUAAGAAGAAAGUGAUUGAUGAUGAUGAUGAUGUGGCUAGGUAUGAUGACGAUGGAGGAAGAGCAGGAUCUGGGUCUGACUCAGAUUUUGAGAAUCAAAGGAAGAAGGUUGAUAAGAAGAGAUUAGAUGAAGAUGAUCCCGACCAAGAACAGGUUCCUGAAACUAGGAUUGAUGUCGAAGUUCCGAAAAUCAAGACAGACUUAGGUCGAGAAAUGCACUUUGUGAAGUUGCCGAACUUCUUGAGUAUUGAGUCUCGUCCUUUCCAUCCUGAUACAUAUGAAGACGAACUUGAUGACGAUUCCCUCCAGCAGCAGGACGAAGAAGGACGAAAUAGGACUAAACUGAAGGUUGAGAACACAAUACGUUGGAGACCAGUGGAAGAUGAAGAGGGUAAAGAAGUACGCCGUGAAA